GCUUAAUGUUUAAUUCUUCAAUUCUCUCUAUUUUCCCUUCUAAGCAAUAAUCUCGAUCUUCAAAAUCUUUACAAUAAUUCUUUUAUAUAAAUCCACCCUCUUUCAUUUCUCUCACUUUUUCUUAAUUCUGCCCUUUUCUUUUCUACAUUAUUUUCAUUUUCCUUGAUAUUUUUUUGCGUGCGCUCCUUAAUUGAAGUUUAAAAGUGAAUUGUUAAAUUGUUUAUUAAAUAUAAUGGGCAAGAUGAGGAGAAUAAUAUCACGAACAAAAAAGGUCUUCUCAAGUAGUGUUUCAACAUCGAGUGAUUUUCAUGUCCAUUCUAACGUGGAUGUUCGAGAAGAAUACGCAAACGCCUUUAGAACGGAAUCAUAUAACGAGUUUUGGGGUCGUGUCAUGGCACUGACAUGUAAAAAAGACACAUUCGCACGGAAAUCUCUGGGACCAACCUCGGCAACAAGGUUACUUUCUUAUAGGAUCUUCGUUGAACAUCUUUUAGACCCUGAUCAACCUACCGUGACCAAAUUAUUAUCCGUAACCGAAAACCAACCGAAAAACACGUCCCUUCUCUCGAAUUAUUUCGAGCAUACGGCUAACGCUUCGAUUUUAUGUGGCCAAUUACUAAAAGAUACGGAUCGAUUGCGUAUCAAGUAUCGAUCCCUAAAGAAAACCCUAGAAUCCUUUGAUUUCCCUAAUUAUAACCAUUUCUCAAAAAUUUCGACCCGACUAACCGAAAUCACUAAAUCCAUUAACCCGUUUGUUCAUUCCUCGUCCUCGUCGGCUAGGUUUCAAGCCGUGAAAUCGAGCUGUUCCGAGCUACUUAAACGGCUUGAGUCACGUCGUGAUAAGGUUAAAGCCAAGCUGCACGUACUUAACAGCUUAAAAGUCGGCUCGGCUGUGUUUCUCGUAGCCCUAACGACUACGAUAACUAUCGUAGUCAUAACCCAUUUUGUAGCCAUGGCUAUGGCGGUACCGGGCCUUAUAAUGGCUAUAAGAGGCGGCCCGAGCUCGACAAAACAACUGGCUAAGACAUCGGCUCAGCUUGAUGCAGCCGCUAAAGGGACCUACAUAUUGAAUAGGGAUUUGGAUACGAUUAGCCGGCUUGUGGCUCGGCUUGAUGAUGAGCUUGAACAUAUACGAUACAUGGUCGAGUUUUUGACGGUUCGAGCCGAUUGUCACCUACAUGCUCAAGCCGGUGAAGAAGUGGCGCGGCGGCUUAGGAAGAAUGACUCAAAUUUUAUGGAUCAAGUAGAUGAACUUGAAGAACAUUUGUAUCUUUGUUUUAUGACCAUUAAUAGAGCUAGGAAUUUAGUUGUAAAAGAAAUAUUGGACUUGCAUUCAAGAUGACAUGAAACUAAUUAAUCCUAUUAUUACUAGCUUGUAUAGUUGUGUAAAUCCGUUGUAAAUACUAUUAGAGUAUUAGUAUGUACUCCCUCUGUUUCUGAAGAAGUUCUUUAGUUUGACUUUUACAUUUCUCAAUGCACAA